UCUGAGCAUACGUGUGCUUAUCGCACCCAACUACGAAAAUGUAAAUUGAGUGAAAAAUAAUUCUCUCACCAAAUGAGUUGAAGAAGUGAAUUGUGGAGAGGACCUUUGAGAAAUGGCAAAAAUAGUGAAAACACCGGAGACAAUCGCCACUAUUAUCUGUGAAUAUUGCUCACACCUAACCUUCAAACGUAUUCAGGAUUUCGUUAGACACUUACGAGAGCAACAUUGUACAAUCGAAGGUGGUUCCUACGUCUGUCGUUAUGGGUACAACGACGUGUGUUCAUCAUUACCCUUGGAAGGUGUCUCCGACAAGGAUUACAUAAUGCAUGCAACAAAGCACGCUGCUGUCCAACAGCAGCGUAAAACCAAUGGCCAAAUUAAUGACUCACUGCCCCCCCAGUGGACUGUCUACUCAGCUGUGCAGAAUCUACCAGCUGUACUCAAUGAUCCACGUAAAGGGAAGCAGACUAACUUCCUCACGAAAACAUGGGGCGAUGCAUUUAUCGAAAAAGUUGAUAUUCCAAAGAGUCCUUAUCUUCCCAAUAUCACGAUGCAUCAUUUUGAUAGUUACAUGCAGAAGAUUGUUAGGAGGUAUAGGAAACACUCGAGGGGCAGUGGGGGACGGCCUAAUUCACCCGGCAAUGACACAUCGAAUUUUUCUAGUUUGAAGAAAUCAUCAAAAUCAUUAGAGCGUUCCUCCCAGUUCGACCUAGGAAGCAUCCCCAAGAUCUUCCUGACCCCCUCCCUGGACCUCUCCACGCCCUCGAUCUUCAGCACAGUCUUCCCCUUCACGACCUCAGGCCUCCUGAACCCCUCCACCAACAUAGUAACCCACGUGAAGACCCUCCAGGAGAAGCUGAGUCACUACCUCGACAUCAUCGAGGUGAGAAUCGCUGAGCAAGUGGCCUCAAAGUCCCAAGCCUUCUUCAUAGCGAUGACCUCCCACGACGCCCUGAUGGAGCAGCUGACCCAGACGAUAACAGUCCUGAAAGCCCUCCGCAGUAACAUCCACCAGAUCGACAAGACCCUGGUCCAAGACUCCCUGAACAUCCUGCGCCUGGAGCGAUCUCGUUGCAAUCGCCUGCUCGUCCACGAGAAGCUGAAGCUGAUGGCAACAGUCCACCAGAGCCAACCGAUGAUCCAGCUGCUGCUGUCGACCCCAGACUACGUGGCAGCGCUGGACCUGAUCUCAACGACUCAGGAGAUCCUCCACCAGGAGCUCAAUGGCAUCCAAAGCUUCAGGCACUUGAGCUCCCAGCUGACAGAGAUGGAGAGACUAGUCGACAAAAUGCUCUCCACAGAGUUCGAGAGAUACUCAACAGCUGAUCUGAAUCGUCCCCUGACCCCUGACCCAACAGUCCUCGAUGGGGAUAAACUAGUCUCGAUAAUCUCAGGUCUCCUACGGCAAAAGCACUUUCAGUUUGUGGACACCUACAAGGAGGAAGCCAUAACGACAAUCAGAGCUGUCACGAAGCAGAGGGUGAUCGAGGCACUGGCUGCCAGUGACUGCUGCAGUGAUCAACAGGCAGCAGCUCUCGAGGUGGGGGGACUGUCCCUUCCUGAGAGGCUGGCCCUCCUCCAGAGUACUAUACAAUCGUUGACGUAUUUGUUGCAUCGAGUUAGAGCUGUCUACGAAGUCAUGAAGGACACGGUGGAUCUGUCAGUGGGGCCUGCUGAGGACAAUCUCAUCUUGGACAGGCGGUUGACCACUGAAGAGCACUCGAGGGUCGUUACUAAAUUGUCUGACAUGAUGACGUCGGUCUGUGAUUACUGUCACGAGAGGCUGGGGAAUCUGUUGGCAGCUGGGGGGGAUGCUGACAAGGGACAGGUUGACAGGGAAAGGACGCCGGAAGGGAAGGGGGAGAGGGAGGGCUGGAGUGAGAAGGGGUCCUGGCUGAGUGACAAGGCUACUGCUGCUCAGGUUUGUCAGCUUGCUGGAAUGGUUGAGGGAUUCACUGAGACUUGUGAGGGAAUAUGUGGGAAGCAGUGCACGGCGUUGAGGUCUGCCUUCAAGGCGCAAGCCAGCAAAUUUGUGCAACGGUUUCACAACGAGAGAAAGAGCAAAUUGGGGCUUCUGCUGGAGUCUGAGCGUUGGAAACAGGCGGAAGUGCCGAAGGAAUUCCAGAGGCUUGUCACUUUUAUCUUCGAGAAUCGGAGGUUUCCGGUGGGCGAGGAGGUGGCCGCAGGGGCGGGCGAAGUGGGGAGCUGUAUUUUUGUGGGAGAGGAGCAGUUUGCGGUCGUGGGGACGGCGUUGAUGCUCAUCCAGAUGAUUCACGAGUACUGCAAGACUGCUGAGGAGCUGAAGGCACUCUCGGGUGCUGUGGGGAGACAACUGGCGGAGCUGUUGAGACACUACAACUCGAGGUGCUGUCAGCUUGUCCUCGGGGCUGGGGCCAUGCACGUCGCUGGGCUGAAGACGAUUACUAGCACGAUUCUCGUGCUUGCGGGGAGGAGUCUGAAGCUUGUGCUGUGGCUCAUGCCGUUUGUUAAAGCACAUUUUCAAGAAUUAGCGAAUCAUAGUGCGAAUCGGAGUGCAAUAGGCUCAUCAGGGGGAACAGGAGGGGUUGCUCUACUCGAUUCUGUUGAGAGAGAUGUUCGUGCACACAUUAGGGAGAUUGAGGGAAAAAUUCUCACGAUUGUGGAUAAUCUCGUGGGGGGACAAAUCACAAGCUGGGAUGCAAGACCUCCAGUACCUUCACAGUCAUUUAGAAAUAUCUCGAGACAUUUAACAAAACUACACGAAGCAGUCUCAGGAAUUCUGCCACCAGUUGAAGUCCAAGCACUUUAUCGAACAGUCAAUGUAUCAUUCAAAGAAAAACUCAGGGAACAAUUGGUUAAAAUGAACAUAGUGAACAAUGGGGGACCACAGCACGGUGUAGUGACAUCAGAGUUAACAUUUUACCUUCAAGCACUGAGGAAUCUGAAGGUACUACCAGCGGACGAGCUGAAUGACGAGUGGAUGUCUGACAUUUGGUCUAGAUAACAUGCAGAACGAGUGGUUUACUGUCUCCUAGAGGCUAUGAGGCAUCACAGGAAGAGAUGACUAACGUCAUUUGUUCAUCAUCGACUGGUAAUCGAUGUAAUAUUGAUUGAUUCAUUGGAUUUUUUCGGAAUCAAGGCGAAUGCGACUCCAGAAAAUCGAGCGAAAUUUUUGAAAUAGGGUUGUUGUUGCCCAUUUCAUUAUGCUGCAGUUGGAUUCUGGGAUGGGGUGAUUUGAAUUCAGGAGUGAAAUGGUAGAACUGGAUGAGCUAAUCACAGUUGGAAAUCAGUUUUUGGAGAAUCAUGCACGAAAAAAUUUCAUAGAAAAA